UUCCACUUACUUCAUUCAUCACACUAAACAGGCACACAUGCAGAAAGCAGACUGUCGCAACUACUGACUGACUACUGGAAAAUAUAAUUACAGCAGACAAACAAACUGGCGCAGAAGAAGAAAGCACUGCAUCAUUUUGUCAAAUGUUGAACUGUAGGCAGUAAACAACAAAACAGGAACAAAAUCACAGUUGUAGGCAUCAAGAUCAAGAAGCAUGGAGGACUCCUGCCUGGUCAGAUGCGACAGCCUGGAUGCUGGGUCAGCAUGUGACAGGGAGGUGAUUGACCAUAUGACCUUUGACCCUGAGGGCUCUGACCCCACAGCAAACCUUGAGCCUUCACCGGCAGAACUGGCUCAAUGUGAGGCUGAAGUGGGCACGCUGCUCAGCAUCAUCGCUGAACUGAACAAGAAGAUGGGGUCAUUAAAGGCACCAAGGUAACAUAAAUGAAAAUGUUUUCUACUUUCCUUCUGCAGUGACCCAGGUGACCUGAGACCACAAGGACCAUCCAGACCUUUGGUUCCUGACCUUCUGUCUCACAGGCUGGUCCGAAGCAGCCCAGAGAGACACAUCGCCUCUGCCAUCACAUCUAAAGCACCACUGGCUGACCGAGUGGGCAGUGGUGUAGUCUGGACAAAACUGCAGGAGGUUUUAUCAUCUGUGGAGGACUCCAUCAGCUGUAGAAGAACCUGGGCUGCCCCCAUCACAGCUUCUGACCAGGACAAGCACAAAGAGCAUCUGAGAGCAGCGCAGGAGAGCUGGGUUAAAGCCACUCAGAUAUUGGAGGAGAUGGAAAGAGAUUUUGGGAUAUCGUGCCCAUCUGCUUUGCCAAAGGACCAGUAUCAGGGGGACAUCCUGGAUCUGGAGAAACACGACUCUGCUCUCAGAAACACCUUGCACAGUCACCAGGAGGAGCUGGAGAGAGCACAGAACUCAAUCUGCCAGAUGGAAGAGGAAAAGAGCAAGCUGGUGGGUCUCCAUAAGGCCUGGAGGUCAGGCAGUCGCUCUCCUUCCUACCGACCCACUGCCGGGACUCUGAGUCCAGACCUGGCCUCUCCUCCCUUUCCUGGUUCUCCUUUACUCCGCAGGAGGACAGCCAGAGGUCUAACACCUCUGUCCACUGGUGGGGAUGGCUCCCCAUUGGGCUCCGUUCACUCAGGCAGUCCUUGUCCCAGCCCUGUCAGCCCGGAGUCCGAGACAGAACGACUGAACAGGUACAUCGAGAGGCUGAAGGCCAGAAAUGAGCGUCUGACUGCAGCUCUGGAGAGGAGGAAGGGAGAGUCGGAGCAGAUCAGUAUCACGCUAAACAGACUUGAGUCCGACUGCUCUGCCCUGCAGAUGGCUCUCAAAUACUGUGAGGAAUGUGAAGAGGCCUACAGCGAGCUGCUGUCAAUUUAUGAGGCCAAGAAGCAGCAAAGCAUUCCUCUGCAGACAGACUCAGCAGAGGCAGCUGGUGACAGGCAGCAGCCUGACAGUCCAUCAUCUCAGCUCAGGAACAUGGGAGGUGAAGAGCUGUCCACCUCCUUCUCAACAGCAGGGGUCUCAGAGGUGACGGAAAAACAGAGUUACACAGGGCAGAGGACACCUGAGCCAGUGAAUCGAGAGGCCGUUCUCCGUCAGCAAAUUGAGCGUCUGAAGAGGGACCGGGCGGCCAUUUGCCUCCCUAAACCAAGUCCAGCAGCAGAGACCAACCUGAGCCCUGAUACCGGUCACCCAGCUGGGUCAAGAGGGGGACAUGUGACUAAAGAUAACGUCAGACCUCCUGAUGCCAAGAAAGAGAAGGCUUCCCUCUUCUAUGAACUCAUCUCUGUCAGGGAGGAGAUGUCAGAUCUGCGAGCUCUGAUCCGCCUCAAAGAGAAAGAGCUGAGGUGUCUGGAGUGGAGCUUAAUGGCCCAAAAGGCCCAGGAAGCUGCGGGAGUUUUCAUCCCAGAAAGCGUCAGAGAAGAGCUGGAGGAUCGGAAGACGUUUCAGAGGUUCUGUGAGACAGCAGCCAAACUGGGCAGUGACAGUGACAUCGCUGGACCUCGAACCAGGCCCAUUCUGAAAGAGCUGCAGGCCGUCCUGCAAAGGGAACAAGCCCUGAAGAAGAGGUUAGCUUUAGUCCAGGACUCAUUGAACACAGCUCUCUCAGACAGUGCCUCACACAGGAGGGACAACGGAGAACAGAUUGCACGACUCACACAAGCUCACAGUAAAGCCUUGAGCUCGUACCGGCAGAUUCGCAGGAAGUACCGGGAGCAGGUGUGGAGGCUGGAGCAGAAAGUAGCGGCCAUGAUCGAGAGUCACCACGACCAGAGCGGAGCACCAAAAGCUGCAGGGGAGGCCUUGGAGUGGAGGAGGGAAGAAACUGUCCUGUGAGCCUGAGAUUAUUCAGUCAGAGAGUAGGUCAUCUAUCAGCCAUACAUCUCCGCCUGUAUGCUUCAUCAUUGCUGCAUGUCUGUCAACCUUGCAAUGACAUCAGCAGCUGUCAGUUCAGACAUUCAUUGGCUCUUCAGAAGUAAAAAAUAGAGUAUGAAGGGCAGUAGAACAUGGAAAACAUUAUGAAUUCUCCCUGUUCAACCACUUGUGAAAUAGUUGCCAAUAAACUGAACAGGAUUCCAGAGCUUAACUUGUCUAACAGGACUCACACAUCACAAGACACAUUCCUUAUUUCAGAGAAACAGCUGUCACGCAGUCAUGAAUGUGUAAGGCUGACUCAAGGACUGAACCCACUGAGGACCUCAGGACUGACCUCGACAGCGCACAUGUCCUUUUUCCCAUACAAGCAGACGCAAUAAAAGCCUCCCCUGGCUGGCCGAGCUGUUGUGAAGGGGGGUACUCCGAGAAGGGGGGAUGGGAGGUGGGACAAUGGCUGAUGUGCACGCAAAACGUGCCACUAGCCCAUUUUUCUUUUUGCAUUUUCAUAUUUUCUCCAUCUCUCUCGCUCUCUGCCUUUCACACCACUUAGGUUUCUCUUUAAAGGGUCAGUUCACCCAAAUUAUUUAAAACAAAUUAACUUAUCUGAGUAUUUUUGAGCCCUUGGCUUUGUCAGAGGUUGCAUGUCUUUGAGUCACAUGCAGUACAACUCUCAGAUUCAUGUAAUGUAGCAUCAUUUUAUCACAAUAAAGAAAGUGAAGUGAUUUGAGAAAAGUCUGACAAAGCGCGGUUGAAUAUGUUUAUUUUCAAAUUUCCAAUCUUGUUAAUAACCUCAAAACCACAUAGAUUUAAUAUGCGACCUUUUGACCCCACAUUGAGAAUCACUGCAGUAAUACUGGCUUUGGUGAUUUCAGAAAAUAUAGAAAUGCUGUGAGCACCACAAAUGGCAAAUUACAUUCACCUUGGUUGUACUGGGUAGGAUGCAGAUAUCUUAACAUAUGGACAAAUCCAAAAAUCUCUACACCUCAAGAGGUAUCUAGACUUUAGCUCAUUUGUUUGUUUCUUUCUUUUGGGUGAACCAACCCUUAUCUCCUGCUUUCUCACAUUACUUAUCUUUUGCUCUUUACAUGCCACUGACACCUCUGUUUCUCUGCCUUUACCGUAUUCCCUCCAUCUUCUCCCCUCACUCAUCUCUCAAUCAUCUCUGUCCCCUCUCCCCUCCCUCCAGCCGACCCUGUGCCCUGACCUGCCCGAGCCGGUCAGCUGCAGCUGUGACUGGCGGUCAGGAGGUUAAGGCAAAGGUUGAGUGUCACACCCACAGGGUCACAGCGAUGCCUGGCUGUUGUGUUAGCCUGUGAAUGGAGGGUUCAGAGCGCCAGACGAGGUGGCGAGUCCCUGACGCCCUGACUCUUGCCUGAGCUUGCCCUUUCCCGAGCAGAGGUCACCGCGGAGGGCCUGUCCUCUGCACUGCCCCCAUACCUCCAGGUCACCAUCGCUAUUGUUGUAAUAGCUGCCAUUAGAGCAGAUGAUACAAUUAUCGUUCCAUUUUGUGUUCCCUCUCUCUAAGGUCUAUGUUGAGCCUCUGAGUUCAUCAAAGGUUUUUUAGAUGACAUGAUUCUUGUAACCUCAGGGUGACUCUCAUAUCAAAGGGAACAAAAUGUCUCACAGAAAGAAAAAAGGCAUUUUAAUCAUGACUGUCUCAGUGUUUGUGCAUCUAUACAGUGGUGGGAGAAGUACUCUGAUCUUUCAUUUAAGUAAAAGCACCAAUACCAAUGUAUUAGUCAAAUAGUCAGCAUUUUAUAGUUGUAGUUUGUUGACAUGGUGCAAACUGUAACUGCUUCAUAUACAGUUAAGUAGUUUAACCUGUAACAAUGUACUGUAUUUUAUAAGCUCAUUAUGAUUAUUUAUGUAAAAUCCUAACAUGCAAAGUAGCUUGUAAGUAUAGAUGUUGAAUGAAUCCGAGUAAAAAGUGAAAAACUGCCUCUGAGUUUUUCUCAGAGCAGAAAAAUGGCUACUGUCUGUGUGUGUGUGAGAAUGAAUGAAUAUGGAUUAUUUGAUUAUUACUACUGAUGAACAGAUGUGUAAGCAGCAUUUUGCUGUUUUGCUGUAGGUGGUGGAACUAAUUUUAACCAUAUUAAAAUUAUGUAUUUUUAUGAUA